AUGGGUUCGCCGAGCGUUGUUGACGAGCCUAAUGACCGACUUGAACCUGAGCCAGCAGGAUUCAGUGAGCUUGCAGAGUCUGACAGCGAAGAUGACUCCAGCACAAACAAGGAGAACGUGUCGGAUGUACGGCGACAACAGAAUUUGAGGUUCAAAAACCUGCUGCUGGCGCGGGCAGAGAAAGUCACUGCAGAGGAUAUCCAGAAAGCAAUUAAAGUGACCAAAGACAGCGAACUGUCUAUGUCAAAUAUCCUUGCGAAGCAGGAUUUUGCAUCUGUUGUGCACGAUCCACGAGAAUAUCAGUUGGAGCUAUUCGAAAAGGCGAAAACUAACAAUAUCAUCGCCGUGCUCGAUACUGGUAUUACCAUUGCUUUCUUUAGCCCUUGUUUCUUUGUUACCCUGGUGUUCCAGCAAGCUGCUGUUCUCCAAAACCAGAUUGAUCAGAAGAUCGACAAGUUCUGUGGUGCAAUGGAGACACAUCUCUGGGAUGGGGAAACCUGGGCUAAACAUCUUGCUAACAAUAUGGUUAUUGUUUGCACUGCUGAAGUGCUGCACCAAUGCCUUCUUCACUCUUUUGUCAAAAUGGAAAAUAUUAACCUACUAAUUUUCGAUGAAGCUCAUCAUGCAAAGAAGGAUCACCCAUACGCAAGGUAA